GGCUUCAAUUCCUUGCCUUUUCCUCAUCACCUUCUCCAAAAGACUUGUUGCCAACGGACAGCUCUAUUUUCACUUUUCUCUGAAGAAGAGGACUGUGAGGCUAGAAAAAAAAACAAAAUAAAUCUGGGGACUAAGUAUUGUUGAAUUGAUCUAUCGAGUCACACCCAGACUAUGAUGAACGCUACCUUGCGUAUUGCUGCCCGAGGAAUUCGGUUGCAUGUGAGGGGCUCAGGAGCGAGAACAGGAGAGGCAAGAGGACAACAACCCGCGGUUAUUGCGUCUGCCCGAGUGGGAGUUUGCAGUCUAUUGAAUGUUUGCGACAAAACCACUCCUUUCAUCAGCAUCACAAGUCCGCGAUUCCUAAGACAGUUUUCAACGCGCUCGUCCACUAUGGUAGAUAAUUUCAGAAUCGAGAGAGAUGCCUUUGGCGAGAUCAAGCACAGACUGAACGUUCCCUCACAAACUUCAAGAUCAACCAACCAUUCGACCGCAUGCCUCCGGCAAUCAUUAAAGCUUUCGGCAUCCUCAAGCGUGCAGCGGCAACGGUGA